GACGAGGACAAGGACGGAAAGGCCGACGACAAGGAUGAUGCCAAGGAUGAAGGGAAAGAUGAUGGGAAGCCGGAAGAUAGCGAUGAGGGCUCUGGUUCUGCGACCGAUACGAACAGCGCAUUUGCAACAACUAUGUACAACUCUUGGGACGCAGACAUGGAGAAUGGCAAGCUGGGUGAUGCAGACAUCAAGCUGUACGAGGCUGAU